GCAGUUAAAAAAAGUUCGAUUUAAGUUGUUAGUUAUAGAGGGGGCUCCUUUCUCGAAAUCUUCGAAUGCAUUUAUUCUUGUGUGUGUAUCUACGAAAAGGAGCAAGAAAAACUAUUAUGUCGAGCAGAAUUGAAAGUGAAAUGUUCGUAGCCUGCGCCGAGUAGUUUCCUGUCUGUCUAGUUUUUAUUUGGGUGUGUCCCUGGCGAAAGUGUGCUGUGCAUUUAACUAUCCAAAACGAUGGGGGAGAAUAAUGCGAGGUUAGAAAAUUAUGAGAUGCUUAAGGCAUUGUACGACUUUGAGGCUACAUUCGCCAAAACUCUUAGCUUUCGUGAAGGGGAUCAUUUCAUAUUACAUCAGACAAAUACCAAGCAAAGAAAUUGGUGGCAAGUAGUGAAUAGUAAAGCUCAAGUUGGAUAUAUUCCAUCCAAUUAUGUCACUACCAAAAAGGUACAGCCACAAUUUUUAAUCGACUUCUUGGAUGGAUCUAUAUUGACACUGCAAUCAGAAAUUAAUAAAAGCGGUGAUACGCAUAAGCAGGAUUUGUUAUGUAAUUUGUUAGCGAGAAGAAAACAAAUAGUUUUAAAUAAAAAACAAGGUGGACCGAGUCAUAAGAGACAAGCACCGUUGGCUCCUGAUUUUGGAAAUACUACACCAACCAAAGAAACUGUUCCUCCUGCUACCUGUAUUCAUUCAGAUGGAGAUGUCAGACUUAUACAGAGUAAUACUUCUUAUGCAACUGCACAAACUACUCUACAUGCUAAUUCUGAACAAGGAGAAGUAUAUAAUACUCAAUGUAGACGUCAGUCAGUAACUGAACAACGUAGACAAUCUUUUCCUCGUCAGUCUAGUUCAGAGACGAUUCAAAAAGCUUAUCCUACAACACCAGAAGUACAUAAGAGUCCUUCUCAUACUACUGUAAGAACGUCUCCUAAUGGUUCACCUGUUAAAAGUAAUUCAUUGUGUAAUAUCAAUUCCAAAACGGCUUAUCAAUUACUCGACAAAGUUCGUAGAAAUACUCAAUUAAGUUAUGAAAUGUCUAAAGUGGCGGUCAUCGUUGUUGUGUCAGAAUUACAACAUCUGUUACCUGAUAGUGUUAAUCAUUAUUUUGAAGCAUUAUUGCAUCAAUUAGAAACACCGUUAACUGUAUCAAAAAUGAAUAUCGAAGAAACAUAUGAUGCUAGUAGACUGAAAAUUAUUUUUACUGAACUCACUACACGUAAAGAAGAUUCUCAGCAAAGAAAUUGGAUGCUUUACGAGGAUGAAUCUGUUAUAGUAGAAAACAUCACUGAACUUACAUCCAUAUUGACAAAUGCAGAUGCAAAUGUUUCAAGAUACAUUUUAAAACAAGAUCAAUACGAUGGUGUUAAUGUUUUAAUUCAGUAUUAUCAAAUGGAACCAAGAUGGACUAUAAGACAAUUAUUAUUGCAAUCGUUUGGUGUAAUGUGUAGUUUAGAUUCUGUCAUUUUAACUAUUAUGUUAAACAGCAUAUUACCAAUGGAAUUAGCAAGAGAUAUGAGGAGUAAUCCAAGAAAUGUACAGAAAUUAAAUUAUUCUUCAUUGCUGCUUAGUAUGAUAUUUUCAAUGGGUGAACCAAUGCCAGUUACACAUUGGGAACAACUAGGAUCUGAUUUUGUCUCGUUCCUUUUGGAUUUAAUAGAAAAUCCACCGGAUUCUGAUUUGGAAGAUCAAAUUCCUGAUUUAUUCGUCAAUUUAAUAUUAUCAUAUAAUCUUCAAUUUACUAAUUCGGAAAAUGCAGUAAUAAGUGCAUUAAAGGAGAGAACUGUAGCCAAAAUAUUUACCGAAAAAAUUCUAUUCCUUUUUAACAGAGAAGAGGAUCCAGUAAGAAUAUUUGAUCACGAACCACAGCCUCCUCAUUCAGUAUUGAAAUUGUUUAUCGAUUUGUUUAAUAACGAUUAUACAGCAAGUCUUUUUUAUACCAACGAUGUAAAAGUCUUGAUUGAAAUUAUCUUAAGACAACUUUUUGAUAUGUAUCCUGGUGAUAAGCGAAGACAAUAUUUAGAAUUGUGUCGCAGAGUAUUACGUACUUCAAGUUAUAAUGAACAUCGUCAUCAAUCGGAAGAUCUUUUAAAAUGUUUUACAAGGAUAUUUUGCGAGGAAACACCUGAGAGUCAAGAGGAUCAACAAUUGGUACGUGAAAUCAGCAACGAAUUUCCACAUUUAUUUAAAAUGUGACCCUUACUUACAUCCUCCGAUAAUAAAGACUUGGAGGAAGAUGAUCUACAAACUCUGGUAUGAAGCACAAAACAUGAAAGUAGAAUUUAUGCUCGACUUUCUGGUGAGAUAUCUUCCUUAUUUUUUAUAACUCGCCUUCUAAUAUAUAAACAUAUAUAUAUAUAUAUAUAUAUAUUAUAUAUUUUUU